CAGCUGCAGCGGCGGGGGAGGCGGCGGCGCAGGCGGCGGCGGGGCCCGGGAGGGGGGCGACGUGGGGGGCCGGCGAGUAGCCGGGACUAUGGAGGGGCAGAGCGGCCGUUGCAAGAUCGUGGUGGUGGGGGACGCAGAGUGCGGCAAGACGGCGCUGCUGCAGGUGUUCGCCAAGGACGCCUACCCCGGGAGUUAUGUCCCCACCGUGUUUGAGAACUACACCGCCAGCUUCGAGAUCGACCAGCGCCGCAUUGAGCUCAACAUGUGGGACACUUCAGGUUCUUCGUACUACGAUAAUGUCCGGCCUCUGGCCUAUCCUGACUCGGACGCCGUGCUCAUCUGCUUCGACAUUAGCCGGCCAGAAACACUGGACAGUGUCCUCAAGAAGUGGCAGGGGGAGGCUCAGGAGUUCUGCCCCAACGCCAAGGUUGUGCUUGUUGGCUGCAAACUGGACAUGAGGACCGACCUGGCCACGCUGAGGGAGCUGUCCAAGCAGAGGCUUAUCCCCGUUACCCAUGAGCAGGGCACUGUUCUGGCCAAGCAGGUGGGGGCCGUGUCCUACGUUGAGUGCUCUUCCCGGUCCUCUGAGCGCAGCGUCAGGGAUGUCUUCCACGUGGCCACAGUGGCCUCCCUUGGCCGUGGCCACAGGCAGCUGCGCCGUACUGACUCACGCAGGGGACUGCAGCGAUCAGCCCAGCUGUCAGGGCGGCCAGACAGAGGGAGCGAGGGCGAGAUGCACAAGGAUCGAGCCAAGAGCUGCAACCUCAUGUGAGGGGCUGGGGAGGGGCGGCCGGGCAACAGGUUCCUCCUGACCUGACCCCAGCUGGGAGGCCAGGGGCAGCAGAAUCCAUUCUCCUGAGCAGGGGGGUUGGAGGGCAGAGAGGUGUCCCCAGUCCCUACAGUCACCCCUCUGUCUCCACUGGAAAUCGAGGGGGCUAACGGGGAGCAGGCAUCAGGUGCAUGAGCUGGGGUGUGGCUUAUGGGGGCUAGGAGAUCUGGCAACAGCAGUGACCUUGACUGAGUCUUGUAUUUGAAGGGUACCUUUCCUCCCCGUAGCCUGGCUGGCUUCCUUCCCUUGGGAAAGUGUCCAUCCCACGAUUUUCUCUUCCGCUCCUCUCACUUCUACAGCUGUUCUCACACCUCCUAACCUCCAGGCCACAUGCACUACAUUAAAAUGCAAGAAGCCCCACCCCACCCCACCAGUCCCAGCUCCCUGUCCCCUCCACCCCUAGUCCCCCAAUAAAGCCCAUGUCCAUGGAAAACGGCUGUGGCUUUAGUUUUAUUGCUUGCUUUUUUUUUUUUUUUUUUUUUACCAAACUACCAGCCUCUAGCAGGAGGAGAAGCUAGACCUGAGGGUGUUUCCUGUCCAUGCCCACAGAAGGAGCAGAGGAAGAGCCGGGUUUGGAUCAGAGGAGUCCUUUCUUAGCCAGAGGGGGGCGAACUGCCGAGUCUUGGCACCGUUCACCUCCUUAACGAGGGGGACAAUCCUCAGGCCACUGGGGGGUGGUCUUAGAGUGGCAGAGGCGCAGUUGGUCAGUCCAGGGUGGGGGCAGGAGUCUCCACUAGCCAGGGAGGGUCCUGGUUCUUCGUCUGUCUCCACCCAUGGCUUGCAGCCUGCAGGUGCCCUGGGGCAGGGGGGGGCAUCGCAAGCGUCCACAUCACAGGAGCUGGGCUUUCCCCAUGGGGCAGCUCGAUGCUGGGGUCUCCUCCCAUUACAUCCUGCGCUCCUUGAGGAUUCGGGGGCAUCAGCUGGGUGCCUAGGGUCACCCCCCCUCCUCUAGAGAAGGAAAGCCGUGGAGGGGCCGGCCGGGGCGCUGCUUGUCAGGCAGGACAGUGCUGGUCUGUGUUCUCGGGAGUCUGGUUUCAGACUGUCCUGUAUUCCCUGCCUGGCUCUGGUCCCACUGGCCUCUUUUCGGUGACAUUCUCCCCCAGGAACCGUCCCUCGCUGUCCCCUCCCCCAGCCCCAGCCCGGUGAGGGAACACAGACCUUACCCCCCCACAGAUGACUGCCCCCCCCCAAUCCACAGCCCAUUCCGCCCUCAUUCAGCAGAUCUGAGCUGAGCACCUGCUGUGUGCCACUCACUGUCUUGGGUUCCCCAGCUGGGGCCCACCCCGUGGGACAGGGACGAGAAGUUUCCCGGGUGUGAGGGAGUCUGGGAUGUCUACACAGGUAGGGGCUGCUUGGGGCACCAUAUAAGGAGGAGGAGGUGGCCUGGGAGCCAGGCCCCCCUGGAGGGCUGAAAAGGAGCUUGCCAGGCAGGGGAGGGGUUGGAAGGAAAGGAGCUCUGGGCAGAGGGUACAGAAUGUGCGAACACGUGGAGGUGAGAAGGAGCGGGCAGGAUCAGGGCUCCGCGGGCAGAGAGAGCAGCAAACAAGGAUGGAAGGUGUUGAGGCUCCUGCGGGGCCCACAGGGAACCCGGACUUCAUUCUCAGGGUACGCGGGGCCCCCAGAAAGCUCGAAGGGUGGAGUGAUCACAUUUGGAUUUGGGCUGGAUGCUUAUCUGGAUGAGGAGUCCGAUACUGGAGGAUUCGGCUCUGAGAUGCGUCCUUUCACAUUGCUCCUUUCCCUACGGCAGCACCCAGUCCUGGGACAAGGAAUCUACCCAUUCCCUGGCUUGUCAGGCCUGCCCCCACCCCGGGAAGUCAGCCUCAAGGAUUCUAGGAUAACUUCAAGGGCACUGGGCAUCCCACCUCCUCAAACUGAGACCUGAUUUGGGGGCUGAAGCUGAGGCUUCCCCCUCUACCCCCACCUCAAGGACCUAGGGUUCUGGCCUGAGGGUGCAGGAGGAGAGGGCUGGGUGAGUCUCUGGCUGUGCUGUCAAAACCGAUUUGGGAUUUGGGGCCCACUGCUUCUCAUUCUCUUCGGCCUCCUCCUGGGCUCAAGGCGGCAGCCAGCAGAGUGUGGGGUGCUGUGCCCCCUUUUCUCUCAACUUCCCUCUCCUGCCACUCGCACUCAGGGAAUGCAAACGCAUCUCAACAUCCACCUCAAGCAAACAUAAUUAGGAAGAUAAAUCAGCUGCAGGAACCCCCAAAGUUUAAUCCAUUUCCAAAGCGCCGGGAACAGAUUCAGGUCCCUUCGGCAGGGCUGAGUUGCCAGACGUUGUAUUUCCAGGGAAGGGGCUCCCGAAGGGUGGGAGCAGGGAGUGGGGCUGCUCCUUGGUCUCAGGGGCCCCUGCAGGCUGGAGGGAGGGGACCCUGCUCCCGCCCCCAGCCCAGAUGCCAAGUCAGACCCAACUUCCUCCUCUGCACUGUUUCCCCCACAAAUUAGACACCCAUUUGGGAAACAAUGUAGCCUCGUUAAUCAUUUAAUGAAAUAAACAACUAAUCAUGCUGUGA